AUGUCAGCUCCAGAACAGGUCAAGGGCUUUUUAACUCAGAUCGACAAGGCAACCUCUGGCAUCCAGCCAUUGCAAAUGUUCGAACAGCAAACUGGCUUGCCCAGAUCUUACGCUGUUUUGGGCUUCGGUGUCGUCUACAUCGUGAUCAUCUUCUUGAACAUCGCUGGUAUUGGACAAUUGUUGUCAAAUGUAGCCGGUUUUGUCAUUCCUGGUUACUUCUCCUUGAUCGCCUUGGAGACCAGGAGUAAGGACGACGACACCCAAUUGUUGACCUACUGGGUGGUGUUUGCUUUCCUCAAUGUCAUUGAGUUCUGGUCCAGAGCCAUCUUGUACUGGGUUCCUUUCUACUUCUUCCUCAAGACCAUCUUUUUGAUCUACAUCGGCGUUCCUGCUUUUGGUGGUGCCAGAAUCAUCUACGCCAAUGUCAUCAGACCAUUUUCCAAGGCAUACAUUGUCAAGCUGGGCGGCGUCAAGUCCUCUGUCAAUGACGCUGCUGAGGGUGUCUCCACCUCCGUUGGCUUGUAA